AUGUCGCAGUGCUGUCCUUGUUUCCGAGUACGAAAUCAUCAUUUUCUCAUCGCGGAACGACGGGGAAGGAAUACAGUUACGCGGAACAGGAGUACGAUUCUUCUUUGUGCACAAAGCGCGACGACGAGAACCCCUCAAGGUGACGAUAAAAGCGAGAGUAAUGAUACGAAUAAUAAUAACAUCGUAUCUUUCCGCCCGUGCAUCGACAUCCACCUCGGAAAGGUGAAACAAAUCGUCGGCUCGAGCUUACGAGACGAAAAGUCCGUCGACGAGGAGAAACCUGAGACGAACUUUGAAACGGACGUGAAAUCGAGCGAAUUCGCGGAGAUGUACAAACGGGAUAACAUCUACGGCGGACACGCGAUAUUGUUAAGCAAAGAUUUGGAGACGAAAGAAGCGGCUUUAGAAGCCACGAGAGCGUUUCCCGGCGGAUUACAGAUUGGCGGCGGCGUCACCGCGGAGACGGCGUUGGAGUAUCUCGAGAACGGUGCGAGUCACGUGAUCGUGACGAGUUACGUGUUUCACGACGGCAAGUUAGACGAGAAGAGAUUGGAGAAAUUAAUAAGAGUAAUUGGGAAGAAACGGUUGGUGUUAGAUUUGAGCUGUCGUAGAGACGAAAAAGAUGGGAACAAGUAUAAAGUUGUCACCGAUCGAUGGCAAAAAUGGACCGACGUGUGCGUCGACGAGAAAACUUUAGAACGUUUAAGCGAGAAGUGCGACGAGUUUCUCGUCCACGGCGUGGACGUGGAAGGGAAAAAAAUGGGUUUGGAUUUAGAUUUAGUGGAGUUGUUGGGGAAAUAUUGCCAAAUUCCAGUCACUUACGCCGGAGGGGCGAGAUCGAUCGAGGAUUUAGAGCUCGUGAAAACGUACGGACAGAAUCGAGUGGACGUGACCAUCGGUUCCGCCUUGGAUUGUUUCGGAGGGAGUUUGAAGUACGCGGACGUGAUUGAUUGGCACAAUAAGCAAAGAGGUCUUCUUUUAAAGUAG